UCCAAAUAGUGGCAGCAAAAUAUGAUGUACUCUCGAGCCUCGACGGUGAUACCAUAGCCGCUCGCGACCGUUGGGGGCUCCGAUAGUCAAUCAUUGCAGAUCUCUCUAUUGUGUCAAUCUCCUAUCACUCGAUCUGAAGGACGCUCAUGAUUUCGUCCGAUACUACGAAGCCGAACUCGGAUCCUUAUAUCAAGACCAUUGCAAUGUCAUGUCCCAAGAUCAAAAUAGCCAUCAUCGGCACCGGGCUGAUCGGCCCUCGUCAUGCACAAGCCGUUCAAGAGGAGGAUGAGGCAGAGCUAACAUGCAUCGUCGAUCCGAGCCCGGCAGCCGAAGCUGUUGCAGUCCGAUUGGGCGUACCGCUAUAUCGAACUAUAAGAAACUUGAUCAACUCUAAUGAUCGACCGGAUGCAGCCAUUGUGUGUACACCCAACCAUACACAUGUCGCACUUUCCGAAGAGUUACUAGAUCAUGGAAUACAUGUGCUGGUUGAAAAGCCGAUUUCGACCGAUAUUGUGAGCGGGCAAAAGUUGAUCUCACGACCAGCGCGCCAAAACCUCCAUCUUCUUGUUGGUCAUCAUCGUCGCUUCAACCCUUACGUCCGAGCUGCCAAAUCCCUCCUGGAAGCCAAAUCUCUUGGCCGGGUAAUUGCUAUCUGUGGUAUCUGGGGUGUUUUCAAGCCGGCAUCGUACUUUGAAGAACCCACCACCUGGCGCCGAUAUGCCGCUUCAGGGGGUGUCAUUCUCAUCAAUCUUAUUCACGAAGUCGAUAUCCUACAAUACCUGCUUGGUCCCAUCAUCCGCGUGCACGCUGAAGGAACGAUCAACCAGCGAAACUUUGAAGCCGAAGAAGGCGCCGCAAUAAUUUUGCGGUUUGCGAGUGGAGUGGUUGGGACUUUUAUACUCAGUGAUGCCGUCACCAGCCCCUGGAGCUUCGAGCAUGGCACCGGCGAGAACCCGACCAUUCCAAGGUCCGGGGAAGCGUUUCUACGGAUCUUAGGGAGUGACGCGAGCGUGAGUCUCGGAGAUAUGAAAAGAUGGAGCUACGACGAGGCUGGACCAAGCUGGACAAACAUAAUCCAAGCGGAGGACGUGAUUAUCAAGCCAGACGUUCCUUUUAAACUUCAGGUGAAGCACUUUGUAAACGUCGUGCGUGGCGAGGAGAAGCCCGUGUGCUCUGCGGAAGAUGGACUGCGUGCCCUUAUUGUCUGCGAGGCGAUUAAGCGAUCCAUCACACUUGGGAAACCAAUAAACAUAUCGGAUAUAACUAAUACCUAAUAAGUAUUCAGAAGCUCAACGGCUGUGAUGGAGACAGGCUGUCCCUCUCGUUAAAUGAACCCUCUUGAUCGACUUGAUUCGGAUAGGGUUUAUGUACACUUUCCCAAGCUGGGAAACAAAAUUUCUGACUGAGAGCAUCCGGACAGCCUUCCUUUUGAUUAGUGACGCGCUCAUGUUUGCCCGCGAAGGUGCAAUUCCUUGUGAAGCUCUCUACUGAAAACAACCAGUGACUCUGGUUUGGAUUAGCCCUUGGCGAUUUCCAAAUCCCAUGCAAAUGUCUAUCCUAUCUUCUAUUCAGAUUAUU